AGAGUUUGAGGUUACUGUGAGCUGUGAUGCCGUGGCACUCUACCAAGGGAGACAUAGUGAGACUCUGUCUCAAAAAAAAAAAAAAAAAGAAAUGGCAACAUUAACAUACUUAAAAUAUCCAUAAUUGUGUGAUACUGUAUGGAAGUAAUUCUGAUUUGAGGAGUAAUUAGUUACAUGCUUAGUUCAGAGGCAGAUAAGAACGAUGGAGAAGCUCUGGGGCCCCGCGAGGCGGCGGGGAGGCGCCCGCGCCGCGGGUGUCAGCAGCUCGGGCGGCGGGAGGAGCGGCCGCGGCCAGGCAGCGCAGCUUCGCGAAGGCUCUCGGCGCCGCGGCCCGCAGGCACCCGGCACGCGCCCUGCCCGCCGCCAAGAUGCCCAAGAGGAAGGUCAGCUCUGCCGAAGGAGCCGGGAAGGAAGAGCCCAAGAGGAGGUCGGCGCGGUUGUCAGCUAAACCUGCUCCUGCGAAAGUGGAAACGAAGCCAAAAAAGGUAGCAGCAAGGGAUAAAUCUUCAGACAAAAAAGUGCAGCCGAAAGGGAAAAGAGGAGCAAAGGGAAAGCAGGCCGAAGUGGCUAACCAAGAAACUAAAGAUGAUUUACCAGCAGAAAACGGAGAAAGUAAAACUGAAGAGAAUCCAGCCGCUGACGAAGCAGGAGAGAAAGAAGCCAAGUCUGAUUAAUAUCCUAUACCAUGUCUUAUCAGUGGUCCCUGUCUCCCUUCUUGUACAAUCCAGAGGAAUAUUUUUAUCAACUAUUUUGUAAAUGCAAGUUUUUUAGUAGCUCUAGAAACAUUUUUGAGAAGGAGGGAAUCCCACCUCAUCCCAUUUUUUAAGUGUAAAUUGCUUUUUUUUUAAGAGGUGAAAUCAUUUGCUGGUUGUUUAUUUUUUGGUACAACCAGAAAAUAGUGUGGGAUGUUGAAUUAAUGGGAGGCUUUGACUAUCUUGGGUGUGAGCUUAACAUUCCAUAGAUGGGGGUUAGUUUUUAUACCCUGUAAUACAAAGCAUACUAAAUGGCAGUGUGGAGUCCCAGUCCUGCAUUUGAUGUGUGAACAUUUUAAAUUACUUCUAUUCCCAUGUUGUUUUGUACUAGAAUUGUUUCCUAAAGAAAACCACUCCCAUGAUCAUGGUUCUCCAUGUCAGAACUGUGUACACUCUGUAACAUCUUUGGUUGUGGUGCUCCUGUUUUCCUAAUAACUUUUUUGCUGUGCUGUGAAGGACUGAAAAUCUGAGCAUGUAGCAUAUGGUAAUGAAGUGUGAAUUGGUGGGACUUACCUAACAGCUUAUCGACAUUUGAAGAUACUGGUACUUGGUAUCCUCUUAAGGAAAAUUUGCCUCCAGAUUUUAAUCUGGAAAGUCACUGCAAUAAAUGUUUAAAAAAGAAUUACAAUAAAUGGCUUUUUAGAUUUUGGGUACAUACGUUAAGAAUUGUGUAUACAAAUUGAAAUGUCUGUACUGAUGCUCAACACAACCAAUAAAAUCUC